AGGGGCGGGGCCAGGCCUUCUCAGUGGGGCGGAACGGGUCAGGGCAGGCUGGGUCCUACCCUCCUACCCCUGAGAUUAACCCGGAACUAACAGGCUCCUUUGGGAAGGCCUCGGAGCCAGAUCAAAAGUGGGAAUCUGAACCGUGGAUGCAGGCCACCGAAGCCAGACUUUAGACGGAGAGAGGUCCUCCUAGCCUGCAGACGAGGUGCACCCUCGGCGGGAGGUGGCACGUUUGUGCAAAGUGCCAGCGGCCACAGCGGCAGGACUAUGGCGCCCAAGAGGAACGUGGUGAAGAUCGCUGUUCAGAAGUCUGACGCCAUCCCACAGCUUAUCCAGCUAGACCAGGCAAAGCCCCUGGCCACUGUGCUGAAGGAGGUGUGCGACGCGUGGAACGUGCCUCACUCCGAGAGCUAUGCCCUGAAGUUCGCUGAUGGGCACAAGAGAUACAUCACAGAGAAUAACCGCACCGAGAUCAAGAAUGGAAGCAUCCUGUGCCUCAGCACUGCCCCAGACUUGGAGGCCCAGCAGUUGCUGGGCGGGCUGCAGAGUACAAAUCGUGAAGUGUGCUAUCAAGCCCUGAAAAACCUGGUCCCACUGGCCUCAGACAUGACCUUUGCCCAGGAGGUCAUCAGCCGUGAUGGGCUUCAGAAACUAAGCACCAUCAUCGAAAAUGGGGAUGACCUAGGGGAGAUGCUGGCCCUUGGUCUAAGGGCUUUCCUGGAGCUCAUGGAACAUGGUGUGGUGUCCUGGGAGACACUCAGCAUCCCCUUUGUCAGGAAGGUGGUAUCUUACGUGAACAUGAACCUGAUGGACGCCUCUGUGCAGCCCUUGGCCCUCAGGCUGCUGGAGAGUGUGACUUUGAGCAGCCCCGCCCUGGGCCAGCUGGUGAAGAGUGAGGUGCCAUUGGAUAGGCUGCUGGUGCACCUGCAGGUGAUGAACCAACAGCUGCAAACCAAGGCUAUGGCACUGCUGACAGCCCUGCUGCAGGGGGCCAGCUCUGCUGAACGCCAGCACAUGCUUGACUACCUAUGGCAGAGGAAUCUUCGCCAGUUCAUCUACAAGAACAUUAUCCACAGUGCAGCUCCCAUGGGCGAUGAGAUGGCUCACCACCUGUAUGUGCUGCAGGCUCUUACACUAGGGUUGCUGGAGCCACGCAUGCGGACACCACUUGACCCCUACAGCCAGGAACAGCGGGAGCAACUGCAGGCCCUGCGCCAUGCAGCCUUUGAGCCAGAGGGGGAGUCCUCCGGCACAGGGCUGAGUGCUGACCGCCGCCGUUCUCUCUGUGUCCGAGAGUUCCGAAAGCUAGGCUUCUCUAACAGCAACCCAGCCCAGGACCUGGAGCGUGUGCCCCCGGGCCUGCUGGCCCUGGACAACAUGCUCUACUUCUCCAGACAUGCACCUAGUGCAUACAGUCGGUUCGUGUUGGAGAACAGCAGCCGAGAGGACAAGCACGAGUGCCCCUUUGCCCAGAGCAGCAUCCAGCUGACGGUGUUGCUGUGUGAGCUGCUCCACGUCGGGGAGCCUUGCUCCGAGACCGCCCAGGACUUCUCACCCAUGUUCUUCAGCCAAGACCAUAGUUUCCAUGAGCUCUUCUGUGUGGCUAUCCAGCUGCUGAAUAAGACCUGGAAGGAAAUGCGGGCAACACAGGAGGAUUUUGACAAGGUAAUGCAAGUGGUUCGGGAGCAGCUAGCCCGGACGCUGGCACUGAAGCCCACCUCCCUGGAACUCUUCCGAACCAAAGUGAAUGCUCUCACCUACGGGGAGGUGCUGAGGCUGCGGCAGACAGAACGUCUGCACCAGGAGGGCACUCUGGCCCCUCCUAUACUGGAGUUGCGGGAGAAGCUGAAGCCAGAGCUCAUAAGCCUGAUCCGCCAGCAGCGUUUGCUCCGACUCUGUGAGGGAAUGCUCUUCCGCAAGAUCAGCAGCCGGAGACGCCAGGACAAGCUGUGGUUCUGCUGUUUAUCCCCCAACCACGAAGUAUUGCAGUAUGGGGAUGUGGAGGAAGGUGCCAACCCACCGGCCCUGGAGAGUCUACCUGAGCAGCUCCCUGUGGCAGACAUCAGGGCACUCCUGGUGGGCAAGGACUGCCCCCAUGUCCGGGAGAAGGGCUCUGGGAAGCAGAACAAGGACCUCUAUGAGUUGGCUUUCUCCAUCAGCUAUGACCAUGGGGAGGAAGAAGCAUUCCUGAACUUCAUUGCCCCCUCCAAGCGGGAUUUCUACCUGUGGACAGAUGGGCUAAAUGCCCUGCUGGGCAGCAACAUGGGCAGUGAGCAGACUCGGCUAGACCUGGAGCAGCUGCUUACUAUGGAGACCAAGUUGCGUUUGUUGGAACUGGAGAAUGUGCCCAUUCCCGAGCAGCCUCCCCCAGUACCUCCGCCCCCUACCAACUUUAACUUCUGCUAUGACUUCAGCAUCACUGAGCCUUGACUGAAGUUGGCCAUGGGCCACAAUGGUGCUGCUGUGGCAGCCACAAAGAGGGGUAGAAGUCACAGACAACCUGACCAGCAAAGCCUCUAGCAAAAAUAAAAUUAGCUUGACUUGUAAGUAUGUGUCCAAUCAGCUCUGAACCUGUGGGCCAAGGCUGUUGAUAAACACAGGUAUGAAUGAUGUAAGGGGCACCAGGUAAGACCACGUGCUCAGGACAGCUAGCUGCCUUUGGAAGGCCGGUGUUGGGUGGAAACAGGUAAGAACUAUUGCCCUUCUUGAAAUAAGUCCUUAGUGUCCCCAGUUCUGGACAUGAAGAGAGGAAUGACCUGCCAUCUGAGGUAGCAGCCAAAGGAGAGACCAGAAUGUGGGCCAACUGAGAAGAGAAGUACCAGAGCAGGACACACUGCCCCAGAUGGAUACCUUCCUAGGCAAAAGCAAUAGCGUCUGUCUGGAAGCCAUGCUUUCAGAAGGCUCCCGACAGUGGGCCCUCAUUCCCAAGACUGCUUGGCCCUGCCCUUGUUCUAUGUAGGAUGUGGAAACCUUUGGUGAGAGGCACAAGAGAGAGACGCACAGCUGAAGAAGGCUGUUAAAUCCAAAGGGGUAAUCUGCACAGAGAAUCGUGAUCUAACCAUGAUUAUAUGUGAGGUGGUCACAGACAAGCCAGAGUCUGUGUGGGCAGAAGUGCUGAGACAGUGGGUCCAGCUGGAGUCACAAACUCCAAGCCCCUAAGACAAAUAAUUCAGCAAUCCAGGGGCCCUAGAGGGUAGGCUGAAAGCUACCACUACCCUGAAUUACUUCUAUAUGCCAUUCAUAGCUCCUCAAAUACUGUGCUUAACAUGCUCUUCACCAACGUUGUGCCCUUUUUUUUUUU